AUGGCGCUUUCCAGCCGCCCUGAAGAUGAGAUGGACUUGGGAAUGCCCAACCCGCUGUGGUGUAUUUACCGGGACCCUGCUGAGCAGUUUGAAGAUGAUGAUGAAACUCAAGAGGGGGGUGAAAAUGAAGAGGUUUUAGAUGAAUCCACGGAACAAGAGAAUGUGGUUGUCAAACUCACAGGGGAGACUGGCGGCUGUGUCAAUAAUAUCUAUGACAAGCCACACUAUAUUCCUGUGAAUAAGCACCACAUAGACACCAUCACUAUUGAAAUAAAGACGGACCAGAACAAGAACGUGCCAUUCCAGUUUGGAGAUAAUCAGAGUAAUGAGGGGGAUGAGGAACCGCAUCAGGUAUUGCCUGAUGAAGUCAAGAAGGAAGUUGUGAGAAGAAAUGUCAGGAUUCAAGGCAGACUGAAGAAGAAUAAAGUCAGUCACAGGAUGAAGAAGAGGGAUAAAUCCAUUCCUUGUCAAGGUGGAGAUUUCCAAGAAGUUAUUCACCUGUUGGAGAAAUCAUACAAGUGCUUGGAGUGUGGAAUGAACUUCUCAGAUCAAACCCAAUAUACUGUCCAUUUGGGAAUGCACAGUGGAAAGAAGACCCAUCAGUGUCUGGACUGUGGAAAGGCCAUGAUUACCAGAGCAGAUUUCCUUAGACAUCUAAGAACACAUACAGGAGAGGAACCUUCUAACUGCUCAGACUGUUCUAAGAGUUUCUCAAAGAAACCAGACCUUGCUCAACAUCAAAGAAUUCCUACAAGAGAGAAGCCUUUAAUCUAUUCCAAGAGUGGAGUGCUGUUCUUGAAUGGAAAAGAGAAGUGUGGGAAGAGUUUCAGUCAGAGUUUGACUCUUCAAAGUCAUCUCAGAACCCACACGAGGGAGAAGCCUUUUGAAUGCUCAGAGUGUGGGAAGAGAUUCAGUAGGAGUGGCCAUCUUCAAGAGCAUCAAAGAACCCACACAGGGGAGAAGCCUUUUGAAUGCUCAGAGUGUGGGAAGAGAUUCAGUCGGAGUGAGACUCUUCAAAGACAUCUCAGAACCCACACAGGGGAGAAGCCUUUUGAAUGCUCAGAGUGUAGGAAGAGAUUCAGUCACAGUAGCAGUCUUCAACAGCAUCAAAGAACCCACACGGGGGAGAAGCCUUUUGAAUGCUCAGAGUGUGGGAAGAGAUUCAGUCGGAGUGGCCAUCUUCAACAGCAUCAAAGAACCCACACGGGGGAGAAGCCUUUUCAAUGCUCAGCGUGUGGGAAGAGAUUCAGUCAAGGUAGCAGUCUUCAACAGCAUCAAAGAACCCACACGGGGGAGAAGCCUUUUGAAUGCUCAGAGUGUGGGAAGAGAUUUAGUUGGAGUGGCAGUCUUCAAAAACAUCUAAGAAUCCAUUCAGGGGAGAAACCUUUUGAAUGCUCAGAGUGUGGGAAGAGAUUCAGUGACAAUCAGACUCUUCAAAGUCAUCUCAGAACCCACACAGGGGAGAAGCCUUUUGAAUGCUCAGAGUGUAGGAAGAGAUUCACUAACAAUAGCAGUCUUCAAAUACAUCUAAGAAUUCAUUCAGGGGAGAUGCCUUUUGAAUGCUCAGAGUGUGGGAAGAGAUUCAUGCACAGUAGCAGUCUUCAACAGCAUGAGAGAACCCACACUGGGGAGAAGCCUUUUGAAUGCUCAGAAUGUGGGAAGAGAUUCAGUCGGAAUGGCAGUCUUCAAAAACAUCUAAGGUCAUUCCUACUUAGUGACGUGGCCUUCAGUGAAGACACACAUGUACCCCAUGGUGCUGAGAUUCUAGCAUGGGGACAACCAUCUGGGAGUCCCAUAGAAGUUGCUGGGUGA